CGAAGGCCAAAGCCUCUCAGCACCGCCCAAUGCCUCCUCCUUCCUCGGACUCUUCGCUGCCACCCACGUCCGUCGCGCCCAUUUUCAUCAGCUACCCCUUCGCCUCAAACACCCAGCACCGUACUCCCCGCUCCUAAUUUGCGCGUGGCGACGACCCAACCAAGCGAAAGAAUUGCGAGCGACCAACUAAUCCUGAUUCUUGCGCACGUCCCGCCGGCCGGACGUACGAACGAUGGCGCCGAGCAAGCUCCGCCAGGCGCUGGGCGCGGUGAAGGACCAGACGAGCAUCGGGCUGGCCAAGAUCGGCAGCGGCAGCUCCGCGGCGUCGGAGCUCGACGUGGCCAUCCUCAAGGCCACCAGGCACAGCGAGAGCUUCCCGGCCGAUGAGCGCCACAUCCGGGAGGUCAUCGCGCUCACCUGCUACUCCCGCGGCUACGUCGGCGCCUGCGUGUCCUCGCUGUCGCGCCGCCUGGGCCGCACCCGGAGCUGGGCGGUCGCGCUCAAGACGCUGGUCAUUGUGCACCGCCUCCUCGCCGACGGCGAACCCGCGUUCGAGCAGGAGGUGUUCUACGCCACGCGCCGCGGCACGCGCAUGCUCAACAUGUCCGACUUCUGCGACCGGUCCCGCGCCGACGCAUGGGACUUCUCCGCUUUCGUCCGCACCUACGCCGCAUACCUCGACGACCGCCUCGAGUACCGGAUGCAGGCGAGGCAGGGCUGCUCGGGCGCCGCGCGCUGGGGCAGGCCGCUCCGUGACGAGCUGUACAUGUCCCCCGGGAACCGAUUCACCAAUGACGAUGGCUACAGCGGGAGACACGACGAUGCAGCGGACGCCGAUGCCAACAAGGCGGUGGCGCUUGUGACGAGGGACACGCCGACGAGCGAGAUGACGCUGGAGCAGCUCCUCACCAAGGCCAACCAGCUACAGCACCUCCUCGACCGGUUCAUCGCUUGCCGCCCCAUAGGCACGGCCAAGGCGAACCGGGUGGUGGCAGUGUCGCUGUACCCCUUGGUGAAGGAGAGCGUGCAGUUGUACUGCGAGCUCACAGAGGUGAUGGGAGCGCUCAUCGAGCAGUUCCCCGAGAUGGAGACCGCGGACUGCGAGCGCGUGCACGGCCUCUUCUGCGGCCUCGCCAAGGAGAUGGACGAGCUCGAGGCGUUCUACUCGUGGUGCAAGGCCGCCUGCGUCUGCCGCCAGUCCGACGUCCCGGAGGUGGAAGUCAUCACGCAGAAGAAGCUGGAGCUCAUGGACGAAUUCAUCCGCGACAGGCGCGCCGCGGAGUCGCACCAGGGGCUGCCACCUCCGUCGCCUGAGCCAGAAAUCCCAGAGGCUCCCCUCGUCGAAGAGUUCGAUAUGAACGCCACCAAGGCCCUUCCGGCGCCCGAGGAGCCGCCGGCUGCGGCGCAAGAGGAGGACAAUGCCGUCAAGACGGUGCAAGCUGAGCCAGACGCUCUGCUCAUCGCCGCCGAACCGGCCGAGGAGGAGACAGACUUCUUGAACUUGAAGGCGAACGCCAUGUCCGGCGAGGAGCACGGACAGCAGCUGGCGCUUGCGCUGUUCGACGGCAACCCAGCCGGCUCAGCGCCGAGAGGAGACGCGUUCGACCACUCGUCGGCGGACUGGGAGACGGCUUUGGUCCAGUCGGCGAGCGCUCUCUCGAACCAGCGCGCCGAGCUCGGGGGCGGCCUGAACAUGAUGGUGCUCGACGGGAUGUACAGCCAUGCGACGGUGGCGAACACGCAGACGUUCUCCGGUAGCGCGAGCAGCGUGGCAAUGCGGCCACCUGGGGCACCGAUGCUCGCGUUGCCGGCACCUCGGGGAGCCAGCAAUGCCGAAGCAGGGGCUGACCCUUUCGCAGCGUCGUCGUUGGUGCCACCGCCUACGUAUGUUCAGAUGUCAGACAUGCAGACGAAGCAGCAGCUUCUGACAAAGGAGCAGAUGGUGUGGCAACAAUAUGGCAAGAAUGGCAUGCAAGGGCAGGGGGCCUUGGCUAUGCUAGAGCAGCGGCCUCACCAGCAGCAGCUGCUCCUGCCUCAUGGCCACGGAGGCUACAAUUACGCAGGGUAUCAUCGGACUUCUUAG